UUUUUCAAUGACAAAACUAUAUUUAUGCAAAACAAAAGAAACCUCAGUGACUUCCUGUUAAAAAAAGUGUCUUCUUCUAUAUUCUCACCUACUCAUCUCAGUAUGUUGUGCUUUAUAUUAUUAAAAAAAAAUCAGUGCAAAGGGAAUUCAUAUUUAGAAAUGUUUUUCCAGGCUAUGCAGAAAGCACAGCAAAGUGGCUGAGAUCUCAGUGCCUCAUAUGGAAGAGUGAGGAUGUGUGGGGAGGCUGCAGUUAACACCAGUAGACCAUAAGGUGUUAGAAGGGUUCAGCUUAAGGAUACAUCUAGGAUAAUAUCCUGUUUCCAUAAACAGCCUUAAGUGGAUACACAGGGACGUUUAAAAACAAAGAAAUGUAUUUCAGGCAUGCAGUUCUUCCAGUGUCUAGCUGUUUUCAGCUCUGGGCUUCUCUGAAUGUGCUGCAAUUAUUCCCUUGAAAAAUCCUUAUUAGACCUUUUCCAAGUAUUUAUCCAGUCAGUGACCCUCAUUACAUCUCUCUUCCAAGUACCCAUCCAAACCCUGCUUGAACAUCUGUAUAAUAUUUGCUUCCACAACAUGCUGAGGGAAAUAAAGAAGUAGAUGUAAAUUCUGACAAGGAACCUGAGCAAGGAGAGGAGAUGGGACUGCUAGAGAAGCAUCAUAGCACAUAGGUAAGGAUGAAGAGCCAGGGUGGAAAGUAAGGAAUAUGUGCUCAGAGAUGACAUGAGCUUAGAGGUGAAAGCUUCCAGAAACCCUGUAAAAGUGUCUCAGCUACAAGGUGACAAAAGGUUGACAUGCAACAUGAGUGUUACAAUACAUAGUGAUAAAAGACAGCAUGUUUAACUGGAGUAUUACUAGAUAAGAGAUAAGAAGAAUAAUAUUGCAGGUGGGAGAAACCACAAAAGACAGCUAGGAUGGUGUGGAUGAACCAGAUGUCUUUUACUGUCCACAUCUCUUGGCAAUUUUCAGCUAUUUUUUCCUUAGCUUCAGGCAGUGACUGCUGAGCAUCUUCUGGCACUGAAGAUCUGUCUCUGCAUUCAUAUCUGCAUUCUAUUGCAAAACUUCAGCUCUGGAUACCUACCUGUAUUUUUGUUUGAACUUAUGUGUACUAAUUAGAAAUGCAUUUUUUGCUAUCAAUUUGUCAAAACUGUAGUUUAAACUGCUGACAAAGCUAACUAAGUUGGCAAAAGCCAAGGCUUUUGAUACUUUUCAUCCAUAGGACUGCUGUAUUUUGAAAUAGUAAUUAUUUGACAAGGAGUCUGAUGCACAGAAACUGAAUAACUGUCUCUUCUGACUUUAAACUAUAAUUAGCAUUUGCUUAGUGUGUAAAUUUGUGCCUAGAAUGUUUGACCAAAAACUACUGUUAUUUUUUAAUAGGUUUUCAAUACAUCAUUGUUUGAACCACCUCCACAAGGGUAUGAAAAUGUUACUGAUAUACUACCACCAUAUAAUGCCUUUUCAGCACAAGGAGUGCCAGAGGCAGAUCUGGUGUACGUGAAUUAUGGCCGUACAGAAGACUUUUUUAAGCUGGAGCGUGAAAUGGGAAUUAACUUUACAGGAAAGAUUGUCAUUGCCAGAUAUGGGAAGAUCUUCAGAGGAAACAAAGUUAAAAAUGCCAUAUUAGCAGGAGCCCAGGGGAUCAUACUUUACUCAGAUCCUGCUGACUACUGUGCCCCAGGAGUAGAUGUUUAUCCAGGUGGCUGGAACCUUCCAGGUGGAGGAGUCCAGCGUGGGAAUGUGUUAAAUCUGAAUGGAGCUGGGGACCCCCUAACACCAGGUUAUCCUGCAAAAGAGUACACUUUCAGGUAUAAAGUUAAUGAAGGUGUAGGGAUUCCCAAAAUCCCGGUUCAUCCCAUUGGAUAUCAAGAUGCAGAAGUAUUACUGCGUGCAAUGGGAGGACCUGCAGCUCCAGACAGCAGCUGGAAGGGAAGUCUCAAUGUGCCUUAUAACAUAGGGCCAGGAUUCACAGGCAACUCUUCUACAAGAAAAGUCAGAAUGCAUGUUCAUACAAGCAAUAAGAUAACACGAAUUUACAAUGUCAUUGGCAUCCUCAGAGGAGCUCUGGAACCAGACAGAUAUAUUAUUUUAGGUGGUCACAGAGACUCUUGGGUGUUUGGUGGUAUUGAUCCAACGACUGGUGCAGCUGUUCUGCAGGAAAUUGUACGGAGUUUUGGCAAAAUGAAGGUGGAAGGUUGGAGACCUAGGCGAACUAUUAUUUUUGCUAGCUGGGAUGCAGAAGAAUUUGGAUUAUUGGGUUCCACAGAGUGGGCUGAGGAAAAUGCCAAAAUCCUUCAGGAACGGGCAGUCGCUUACAUCAACACAGAUUCUUCUAUAGAAGGUAACUACACAUUAAGAGUUGACUGUACCCCUCUUCUCUACAAAUUGGUGUAUAAUCUGACAAAAGAGAUUUUAAGCCCUGAUGAGGGUUAUGAAAAUAAAUCUCUUUAUGAGAGCUGGCUUGAGAAAGAUCCCGCAUCUGAAAAUAACACCUAUCCCAGAAUAAAUAAACUGGGGUCAGGCAGUGAUUUUGAAGCUUACUUCCAGCGACUGGGAAUUGCAUCAGGCAGAGCUCGUUACACCAAGAAUAGGAAAGCAGACAAAUUCAGCAAUUAUCCUGUUUAUCACACUGUGUAUGAGACAUUUGAGCUAGUGGAAAAAUUUUACGACCCCACCUUCAAGAAACAGCUAACAAUUGCCCAGUUACGAGGCAAACUGGUUUAUGAACUGGCAGAUUCCCAGGUCAUUCCCUUCGACUCUAGAGACUAUGGAGAAGCCUUAAAAGGAUACAGCAACAGAAUUUAUAAGUUGGCCAAGAAGCAUGAAGAACAACUGAAACUUUACAAAGUAUCAUUUGAUCCUCUUUUUUCUGCUGUGGUGAACUUCUCAAAGGUUGCUGCUGAAUUUCACAGGAGACUUGAAGAAGUUGACAAGAAAGAUCCAGUUGCAGUGCGCAUCAUGAACGAUCAGCUGAUGUUGAUAGAAAGAGCUUUCACUGAUCCUCUGGGCUUGCCAGGAAGGAAGUUUUACAGACAUGUCAUCUUUGCUCCAAGCAGCCACAACAAAUAUGCAGGAGAAUCCUUCCCAGGAAUCUAUGAUGCCAUGUUUGAUAUUGAAAGCAAAGCUGAUCAACAUGAAGCCUGGGAAGAAGUGAAGAGGCAGAUUUCCAUUGCAGCCUUCACUGUGCAGGCAGCAGCAGAAACACUGCAGGAAGUAGCGUAAGACGAUGGCUUUGAAAACUCACACUUUGCAUAGUGUGGCACACAGAGUUGUCACAGUUGCUGCUGCAUGGCCCAGUGUCCCCAGCUGCUGGCCCCGCCUGAGACUCCAGCCUCCCAAACUGCGUGGUAGGUGAGCAGAGCUCAGAGCUCUGUGUGUCAGAGAACUCCUGAGCUGGAAUUGCUGCAUCUCUGGUACUGACAGAACUGUAGCUUUAUGAACUGCCCAGGAUGGAAGCAAGAUGAGUGUGGGGAGAAGUCAGAAGGGGGGCAAGCAGGAACAAUCCGUUUCUGAUUAGAAUUGUCUGAGACAUCUGCCAAACUUUGAGGAUCCAAUGUUUUGGAUGCACAGUUACGAAAACAAUUAUUUGCCAAGCUACCUGCAAAUUUUGUCCACAGCAGUGAUCAGCAGCACACAUUUUGACAGAAAAAAUGUAAUACUCGGCCUGUCCAUUUUUCUUGUUCUGAUAAUUACUUUUAUAAUAGAAGACACCAAAGGCAUCUCUGCAUUUCAGAAUCUACUCUGCAGGACUGGUGAAUGCUCUUUACACUGAUUUGCUUUCUUUUCCUUAAAAAAAUAAAAAAGUGACUCUACUACUGAAUAUCAAAGCAGUACUGCCCAUUCUCAAUAAUCAGGGAAAACAGCUGCUUACAUGCAGAAAUCCAAAAGCAUGUUCACAGUGGAGUGCAUGUCCAUCCGUCUGAAAGACAUUAUGCAUCUCCCUCCUUUAUUUGCACUUUGGAAAAUAAUGAUUUUGGACAGGUACCAAAAGCCCUGUUCUUUUUUGGCACUUUCUCUAGUUCCAAACCCAUGGCAACUUUUGUUCCUAUUUUUUCCUGGGCAAUUUCUUUCAUAUUUUUUCCAUCUGAAGGAGCUGGAGGACAUUGUUAUUAUUAGCAUGGAGCUUGAGAUAAUUCUGUCUUCAAAUAAGAACUGAGGAACAUUUCCCAUCAGGAGUUGAUUUUACAUUCAAAGAGGAACUGAAAUGCAUGAGAAGGCCAGUUGUACAAAACUCUUUAAUUUGUAUAAAAAUAUAAAAAAAAAUUAAAAAUUCUUGCUUCAUUUGCCCUUUAGAUGUAAUUCUCAUCUACGUGAUUUAAAACUAAUAAAAUUGCUAGAAUUUUACUGAA